CCUGGGAAGAGGGCGAAGAACGAUGCAAUACAAUACAAAGCGGAGCAAAGGAACGCGAAAAAGAAGUCAACUUAGUUCAAGAAAUCGGAUCAUCGUGCCAAAAGUGUGGGUUUACGAAGCACAAAACUAAGGUUUGCCCCGCAGCCGGAAAGAAAUGCAACAAGUGCGGAAGCCUUAAUCACUUCGCUAAAGUUUGCAAGUCAGGGCGGAAAAGGGCCCCCGUACAACAAGUACACGAGGUUGUGGCUAGCGAUGACGAGACAUACUCCUUGGAAGCGCUAACUGUCGGUGCUGUAUCUCGCGAGGAUCUAUGGACGGCUACGGUGACACUAGAAGGCGUUCCCGUUCAUUGCAAAAUAGAUACCGGAGCCAAUUGUUGUGUCAUCUCCAGGGCCGCACUAGGCCAAGUUACGACGAAGCCAACAGUAAAGUGCGACGUCACCCUAAACACGUUCUUCGGUCAUGCAGAAAAGGCACCAGAAAGAAUUUGCCUCGAUAUACGCAAUCAGGACAAAAAAUGUCACGCUGGGUUUUUUGUUGUACGCCAAGAGGUUCCAGUCACCUUGAGUGGCAGUGUAGCAGAACGCCUCGGACUGAUUACUCGCGUUGCAGGUGUGAGCACCGCAGAGCUAUACGGUGCAGCACGACCUUUUGAAGCUGUUUUUCAAGGGCUUGGCCAGCUGAAGGGUGUGGUCUACGAUAUGAGGCUACAACCAGGAUCCAAGAGCGCCGUCAAGGCAGCAAGACGAAUACCUGUGGCUCUCCAGGAGAGAGUCAAGGCAGAGUUGGACCGCAUGGAAGCGCAUCAAGUUUGGGUUUGGACUGAGCGCCAACAAAGCAGUUUUAAAACGCUUAGAAAGUCGCUUAUCAAGGCGCCGGUACUUGCGUAUUUUGAGCAAGGUAAACCAGUCACGUUGUCAGUAGACACAAGCCAAACCGGCGUCGGGGCGGUGAUUAUUCAGAGCGGACAUCCUAUCGCCUACUCAUCACGCUCCCUCACCGAUACUCAGCAAAAAUACGCCCAGAUUGAAAAAGAGGCACUCGCUAUAGUACACGGAUGCAGCAAGGUUAAAGAUUAUAUUUUAGGGCACUCAUCUGUGACUGUAGAGUCGGAUCAUAAGCCACAGGAAGCAAUAUUCAGGAAACCCCUCUGUGACCGCCCGCUCCGCCUACAAAGGAUGAGGCUAAUGCAUCAGCGAUACCCCAUUACCGUGCAGUACAAGCCAGGGAAGGAACUUUUUCUAGCGGACGCGUUGUCAAGGUUCCCAACCAAAACUAUGCUAAAAGACGAAAGCGACCAGUUUCAAGUCAACAUUGUUUCUACGCUAUCAGUUUCAGAUGCACGGCUCCACGACAUCCUCCAGGCGACAGAAAACGACGCGGCUUUCGUCCAGCUCCGAGAGUAUGCAUCAGCAUCCUGGCCAGCUGAGAAACGAGACGUCCCGGAGGAACUUCAAACGUACUGGAACUACAGAGACGAGAUGCACGUGGAAGAUGGGCUGGUCUGCAAGAGUAACAAAGUGAUCAAGGAACUGCGACAGUCCACGGCAUCUUCAGUGGUAUCCGCCUGUGCAGAAGUCUUCGCUACUCAUGGGAUACCAGCCAAGCUGUGCAGUGACAAUGGGCCCCCCUUCAAUAGUUACAACUUCAAGGACUUUGUGAGUAAGUUUCGAAUCAUUCACGUCACGUCAAGCCCUCACCACCCUCGCUCCAACGGAAUGGCUGAGCGAGCCGUACAAGAGGCAAAGAAACUGCUAACGAGGUGCUCCUACAAUACCCUCGACUUCUGCAGCGCCCUCCUGGAAUGGCGCAACAGCCCAAGGGAUAACCUGCUCAAGUCACCAGUACAGAGGCUAAUGGGUCGUCAGACACGCACACUGCUUCCGGUUCCCGACUGCUGCCUGGAACCAGCCAUCGUACCGCCCAAAGAGGUGCACAAACGACUACAAGAGAUCCGCAGCAAGCAGCGGACCUUCUACAACAGAACAAAGGCCCUUCCGGAACUACAAGAUGGUCAGCAAGUAUCUGCAUUUGACACCAUUUCACACACGUGGUCUCCGGCAGUCGUCAUGAGGCGUGCGGGGCCUCCGCGCUCCUUUGUGAUCGAAACUGGUGACGGACGUGUGCUACGCAGAACGAGAGAGCACCUGCGCGUGUUGCCGCCUCGGCAACAGCAACUUGUCACCACUGCGGCUGCUGAAUCCACUCGCCGCCAGGUGAGGGAAGAACCCUCAACGGGAGCCCCACCAUCACAAGACCCUCCGACCCAGGAGCUCAGGAGGAGUUCAAGACAACGGCGGAGCCCCGUCAGAUACCCAAGACCAGAACUUUAAGCGUGAUCCUGCAAGCGUACUAUUUUCUAUUCCUUAAUUUUUUGUAUAUUGUUUUUCUCUUGGUUAAUUUUGUUUUGUUUGAAAGAGGGAAGAUGUAGCGCAGCGUCGCUAGCUGAUACCAAAUCAGCCUUGUCAUCGUCAGCCUUGUCAUCGGCACAGCAGCUGCGCCACUAGGGCAUACUGUAUAUAAGGGCUCACGGUGCGUGCAAU